CUAUUUUUGUAAGUCACAUGUACAUUUUUGCGUGUUACUUGAUUCACAUAGUACGUGAAUAAAACGUGUAAUUGAACCUCGUUUAAUGAUCGAAAUAUUUGUUUGUUCGAAGCACAGUAAUCCUAGGAAAAAACGCAAAGAAAUUUUUUAUAGGGUAUCGUAUUAUCAAAUGAUUACACAUUGGUAUUUGCGUACAUUAGUCAAGCAAUACAUUCAUACUCAAUAUUGUUUCUAUAAAAAAAUGACUUCUUUGCUGGUUCCUCCGGAAUCAAUACGAGGAAUGACAUGUUUAGAUCGUACUGCAUUCACAGUCACAGUGGAAUUACCAUUUUUAAAAAUUUGUGGUACAACGCUGAAACUAUUCAUGAUGGAGACUGUCUGUACUGCUGGUUUGAUUAUAAUAGGAGAUGAAAUUUUACGUGGCCAAGUUAUAGAUACAAAUACAUCAUAUCUGGCAAAGAGAUUGCGAGCUUCUGGCAUUAAACUUCGAAAAAUAACAGUGAUUCCUGAUAUUGUAGAUGAAAUCGCAAAGACCGUACUUGAGGCAUCUAAAGAAUAUUCUGUUGUAUUUACAUCUGGUGGUGUUGGGCCUACACACGACGAUGUAACAUACGAAGCUGUUGCCAAAGGUCUAGGUUUACAGCUUGAACAACACGAAGAAUUAGUUGAUAUUUGUGUAAAUCUUUUUCCCAACAAUAAAGAAGCUUUGCGUCUUAGUAUUGUACCAAAACCCUGUGAGCUUAUUCCUGUUUAUUCACCAAAAAAAUUUGCUAUUGUAAAAGCAAAGAACGUGUACAUAUUACCAGGCUCUCCAAAAUAUUUUGAACUUGCUGUUGAUAUGAUCAUACCUCAAUUAAAAGGAAAUACACCUUUGCAUUUCGAAGAAAUAGAUGUUAAUUUAAAUGAAUUAUCAUUAGUUAGAAUUUUGAAUGAACAUGCAGAAUAUUGGAAAGACAGAGUUAAUAUUGGUAGUUAUCCACAAAUAACACCCGAAUGCUUUACGAGAGUUACGUUGGAAGGGAAGAAAGAAGAUGUUCUGGAAGCAAAAGGCAAACUUCUAUAUUCAUUGCCAAUUCAAAAAAUUCGGAAUCUAAAAAAUGGAUUUAGCUAUUAUCACGUGAAACCUGUUCUUGAAGAUACUGAAAAUGAAGUGCAUAUAAAAUAUACCAUGGAUGUUUUGCAACAAUGUUAUAAAACAUAUAAACCAGAAGAGAUUUUUAUAAGUUUUAAUGGAGGGAAGGAUUGCACAGUGGUUUUACAUCUAACUGCCUGCAUCGCGAAGUUACAAAAUAUUUCCUCAUUAUUAUGUUUAUAUGUGACGGCGGAACCAUUUCCAGAAGUGGAUUCGUUUGUAGAAAGGGCGGCUCAGUACUAUGGUUUAAAGCUAAUAAAAAAGAAAUGUCCUAUGCGGCAGGCGUUAUGUUCAUUAUUGAAUGAGAAAGCGAAUUUAAAAGCAAGUCUCAUGGGAAUGAGAAAAGGUGAUCCUGGUGCGGAAUAUCUAGAAGCUUUCACACCAACUGAUCCAAGUUGGCCGAAUUUAAUUCGUGUGAAUCCUAUCUUAAAUUGGUCGUACGACCAAGUAUGGAAAUUUUUGUUAAAACAUAAUGUACCGUAUUGUCCGUUAUAUGAUGAAGGAUAUACGAGUUUAGGGACGAAGUCAACAACAGUACCAAAUCCACGAUUGAAAGAUCCUAAUAAUUCAUCGUUAUAUCGGCCAGCAUAUACUUUAACUGAUGAGUCUGCAGAAAGACAAGGCAGAGUAUAAUUAUUAUUAAAAGAAAAAAAAAAAGAGAAACAUAGUAAAAAAUCUUACAAUAUUUUUGCAUACUUUAUGCUAAUGCUUGAAGACUCAUUGCAACUUACUGUAAAAAAGACAAAAGAUAUUUUACAUCUUUCAUCUAAUAUGAGAUAUUUUAAUCUACUAGAAUCUUUUUAUCAUAUAUUUUUAGAAACAUACAAUUUCUAAAUUAAGUAUUUCUAAUUGUAAUCUUUUAAUUGUAAUAUAGCAAGUGUUCUUACGAAAGUAUUAGAAUGUAAUUAAAUUGAUCAUUUAAUUACGAUCAUGAUGGUGCAAUUAUUGUGUAUUAUCGGUGAAAAUGUAUUAGUACGUAAGAAAGUAAACAAUAAAGCAAAAGCUUGAUUUUAAAUUAC